UGAGCUGCGGCAGGUACCCAGUGGAUGUGAAGGCUGUAGGCUUGAUGCAAUGCAGAAAGCAGAAGAACUACAUGAUGUUUGUGUCUUGGUCAGAUCAGAACAACAUUCUCAUCUACCGGACAUUUGAAGACUUUAAGAGGUUCCAUAAAGAGCUGAAGAGAAAAUUCCCCAUCGAGAGUGGCUCACUCAGGAGAUCUGACCGGACAAUACCCAGGUUUAAAGAUGCAAAUGUGAAGCAGAGGAAGAGUGGGAAGCUGAACAGGUGCCUGGAGAUACUGAAACUGCUGGAAACUUAUUCCCAGGAGCUGCUGAAAACAGAUGCUAAAAUCUCUCAGGGUGAAGAUGUGAUUCAGUUUUUCAAGGCACAGACCCAAGACCUAGAUCCCUCCUUUCCUGAAAACAGUGUUGUGAUAAUGCCAUCAGAAAUUGGAGGGGAAAAGAAAAACCAGCCACAGCAGCAGCUCUCCUCUAUUACACAUCCCCAGGCAUCCCAGAGCUACAGAUGCAUUGAAACCUUUGAAACCAAAGACACAAAGAACAAGACUUUCAAAGUCGCUAAGAAGGAAAUUGUUGAAGUGUUAAUCAAAGACAUGACUGGAUGGUGGCUAGUGGAAAAUGCAGACAAGCAGAUAGCCUGGUUCCCAGCCUCGUACCUGGAAGAGAUUGACGUCCACAAGGACAUCCAGAAUGACUUGAGCUCAAAUGAGGAGGGCAGCCUGUACUUUGUUGUGCGGGCCUACGAGUCCCAGAAGGCUGACGAGCUCUCUCUGAACAAUGGUGUCAUCGUGGAGGUGGUCAGGAAAUCUGACAAUGGCUGGUGGCUGAUCCGAUACAACGGCCGUACCGGCUACAUGCCCUCCAUGUGCCUCCAGCCCUACAAGAAUCCUCACCACAAGCUCCAGACCAUCAUAAGCUGCGGGCUCAACAUCUCCACCCCGAACCUCUGCUCCUCCCUGACGGCUCCCCAGCCGCAGGGUGAGGCUGCAGGACAGCACAGGGUUCAGGCUUGCUCUUCCCUUGACCGGACUGAAGAGGACGUGAGCUCUCCGAGAAGCAGAUCGCAGUCUCUGCCCAGGGCCAGCUCCACCCCGGACCUGGAGUCAGACAGCUUGUCCCUCAGCUCGGGGAGCAGCAGCGAGCAGGACGGACGGCUGAGCUGGAAGCCUGACUUGUCAAGAUCUCUGCCCGAAGUCGAGCAGGCCAGGAGCUCUCCCGUGGGACGUGCCUUGGCCACACGCAGCAGCAAGUCUCCACGCCUCACCCACAAGGACAGGAACGAUUCUGGCUUUGUGGAAUCAUCUGCGGCUGAUCUAAGUUACUCCCUCACUGACCCAGACUUGGCCGCUUGUGUCCCCAAGGUGCCCGUGCGCCCCUCAGCCCACGAGAUCCUCCAGAAGUGCAGCACCAUCACGAAGCGAGCCGUGCAGCAGUCUUCCUCCCGGCCGGCCCUCCAGGCUCUGCUCCCUCUCCAGAGCGUGCACUAGUGCCCCCGGGGAGUCGGGGGGGUCACGGACUCAGCCCUGGGCCAGCACCACGACCGAGCCAGGCACCCUCCUCACCAAAGUCCUGCAGGAGCCGUGGGCAGUGGCACAGGGAGCAUCAGGGCUUGGGACUGUCGCUUUCCAAGGACACGGUUAGAUCCUGAGCGAACACGCAUGUGGACGUUGCCUCCCUGGGUAACAGCGAUUUGUGCUGCAGCUUGCAGUGGGAGGCUGGGGAGCCAGGAGGGGCUUUACUGGAGUUAGCGGGAGAGGUUUUAGUGGUUUAACUCAUCAGGGGAUCUGCUGAAUGGCUGCGAGAACAAAAAAAAAUCUGUUGGCUAGGAACCUCGUGUCUCUGACUGUUCUCUGCAGUGACGUCUGUGCAGGCGCAGAAACAAAAGUGGUUGUAGUACAGCAGCUUGUUUCUCAACUGAGCAAGGGGGCCAGAGCUCAUUUUUAUGAACAAAACAUUCUUCUUUCAAGGGGUUCUGAUUGUUACUGAAAUUCACAGCAGUUCUCAUCCUAAACUCAUUUGCUAGAAUUGAGUUAGAAAAAUAGUUACAGGAAAACUUAAGACUUUUAUAUAGAUUGCUACCUUUAAUUUUAGUUAUUCUCCCAGGUAUCUGUUAAUUUUUUUUGAAACAAACAAUUUAACCAACUUGUGAGGUGGUUUUUGUC